AUGUUUCCAAGUGAUGAAGUUUUUGGGUUUCUUCUCAUAUCUCAAGUCUGUAUUGGGGUCGUAGGGAACUCAACACUUUUCCUGUCAUGUAUGUACACUUCCUUGAUUCGACCUCAUCUAAACAAGUGCCUAGAUCUGAUUUUCAUGCACUUGACAUUGGCCAAUGUUUUGAAUAUCUUGUUCAAACUGAUACCAGAUAUCGCAUCAUCCUUUGGAGUAAGGCAUUUUAUGGGCGAUGCCGGUUGUAAAGCAGUUUUGUACAUAUUCAGAGUUGCCCGGGGUCUUACUAUCUGUACCACCUCUCUCCUGAGUGCAUUUCAAGCCAUCACUAUCAGUCCCAGUAAUUCUAAAUGUGCACAAUUUAAAUCUAAACCCUCUACGUGGAUUUUAUCUUCUAUUUUUUUCUUCUGGGUCAUCAAUGUGGUGGUCUAUAUCCACAUAAUCCUGAAUCUAGAAGCCAAUCACAAUUUCACUGCUUUUAGUCUUGGCUAUUCUCAUCCAUACUGUCACACUAAGAAGGUUAAAAACCACUACCCAGGGUCAUAUGCAAGUGUCUUGGUGAUUCGAGAUGUGCUCUUUGUGGCUCCUAUGAUCUGGACCAGCAUCUACAUGGUGAAUCUGCUCUACAGACACCAUAGGAGAGCCCAGCACCUUCACAGCCCCAGCCUCUCUGCCCAGCCAUCUCCUGAAAACAAAGCCACCCACAUUAUCCUUUUGCUGGUAAGUUGCUUUGUGUUCUUCUAUUGCUCAGACAACUUUGUAAGCCUUUUUUUCUAUUAUAUAUCUCCUAAAACCCCAAGACUGGAGAAGAUUGCUGGAGUUAUUUCCUCAUGUUACCCAACCAUCUGCCCUUUUCUGCUGAUGAAAAAUAAUAAAAUUAUUUCCAAAUAUAUUUCUUCCCUUUCGAAGUUUAGGUUUACCUUUUUUAGAAGGAGUACUUAA